AUGUCUGAGAAGACUGGCACUAGCAACCGGCAGGUCAAUCGAGACCCGCCCGCCGACAAUGGAGCCCAAGCGGACAAGACAACGAGCAAAAGGGGACUCACUGGGUGCUCGCUCAGAUUCCAGGACGCUCUCAGCAGAGGAAAGCUCCGUCGGCCAUGUUGGGCAUCCACGAACAAGGGCGCCGGUGGGCGAAAGCAAGAAAGCAUGCAAGGAAAAUCGAGGGCGAGGCCACUCCCGAUGGCACUUCGCGCACACCACGGGGUUGGCUCGCGUCAACCGCCAUGGUCGAGCGCACAGGUUGCGCAAAGGACCAGGAAGCAAGCAGCACGCGAGACAGAUCUGGGCCUGUCGCAAGCAGAGUGA